AUGACUUCUCGUGAUAUCCAAAAAGAUAUUGUGACUGUGUGUAAGAUUGAAACAGGUAAGACUAUAAUAGAGGAUAUAAAUAGUGACUACUUUGCUUUAUUGGUUGAUGAAUCUAGAGACGUGUCACACAAAGAGCAAAUGGUUAUUUGUCUAAGAUAUGUUGACAAAAUGGGGUUUGUGAUGGAGGCAUUUAUUGGACUUGUUCACAUUAAAGAUACUAGUGCUUUAUCUCUAAAGAAAGCAAUUGUAGAUGUACUUGCUCACCAUUUUUUGAUUUUAUCUAAUGUACGUGGGCAAUGUUACGAUGGGGCAAGUAAUAUGCAAGGUGAGCUAGGUGGUCUUAAAACAUUGAUUGGACAAGAAAGUAGAACGGCUCAUUCUGUUCAUUGUUUUGCUCAUCAACUUCAAUUGACUCUUGUUGCGGUUUCUAAAAAGUGUGUUCAACAUCUCCAAAUGGCAUUGGAAAUGGGUGAACUAGAAACUGGUAGAGGGUUGAAUAAAAAACUUGGUCUUGUUAAAGCCGGUGAUACUCGUUGGGGAUCUCACUACAAGUCAUUUGAAAACUUUAUUAGUAGCUUUGACUCUAUUAUUGAUGUUCUUGAUACUCUUGUUGAAAAUGCAAGUACUUUGGAAGAAAGAGCAAGCACAUCGGGAUUUCUCAGAAGUUGUCAAACGUUUGAGACUAUUUUCUUGUUGCAUUUGAUGACAAAUGUUUUAGAAAUCACAAAUGAUCUUAAUGUUUCAUUACAGAAAAAGGAGCAAGACAUUGCAAAUGCCAUGAUUCUUGUAAAGGUAGCAAAGAGAAGGAGAUCACGACGUAAAAUAGUUAUUUGUACUACUUUGCAUCAUUAUCGUGUGGAUGUGUUUUAUAAAUUCAUUGAUUGGAAACUACAAGAACUUAAUGAUCGUUUCAAUGAGGUGACAAGUGAUUUGCCUAAUGGAGUAUCUUGCUUGACUCCAAUUGAUUCAUUUUCUAGUUUUGACAUAAAGAAGAUAAUGAGAAUGGCUGAAUUAUAUCCUGAUGAUUUUGAUGGGUCCAACAUGAGAGCUCUUGAGAUUCAACUUGUUAAUUACAUUAUUGAUGUUUGUGAUAUUGAUGAAAGGUUCUCCGAUUUGGGUGGACUUGGAGAACUUUCAAGAAAGUUGGUUGAGACAAAGAAGCAUUUAACCUAUUCUCUCGUAUUUCUUUUAGUGAAGUUUGCUUUGCUUCUACCUAUUGCCACUGCUACAGUUGAAAGAGCUUUUUCGGCAAUGAAGAUUAUCAAGAAUGACUGGCGAAAUCGAAUGGAUGAUGAAUUCUUAGAUGGUUGCAUAGUGCCUUAUGUAGAGAAAAAAGUAUUUAAAGAUGUUUCUAAUGAGUGUAUUAUGAAAACAUUUCAAGAGAUGAAGUGUCGUCGAGUGCAAUUGUAG